CGGAGAAACACAGUCGGCGCCCGGCAAUGACGUAGAAAGGCUGCGCGGCGACCCGGCGCAGACACGUUCUGCGGGAGCGAGUGCUGGCGGUCGCAGUCAUGGUGCACUGCGGUUGCGUGUUGUUCAGGAAGUAUGGAAACUUCAUUGAUAACCUAAGACUCUUCACCAGGGGAGGAAGUGGUGGAAUGGGUUACCCUCGCUUAGGUGGAGAAGGUGGAAAAGGUGGUGACGUCUGGGUGGUAGCCCAUAAAAAAAUGACUUUAAAACAACUUAAAGACAAAUAUCCUCAGAAACGGUUUGUGGCUGGAGAAGGAGCGAACAGUCGUGUUAGUGCACUGAAAGGCUCCAAAGGAAAAGAUUGUGAAAUUCCUGCACCUGUGGGUAUUUCAGUAACUGAUGAAAAUGGUAAAAUUAUAGGAGAACUCAAUAAAGAACAAGACAGAAUUUUGGUAGCUGAAGGAGGUCUUGGUGGUAAAUUCCUUACAAAUUUCUUACCAUUGAAAGGCCAGAGACGAAUAAUUCACCUUGAUCUAAAACUUAUAGCUGAUGUAGGUCUAGUGGGAUUUCCAAAUGCUGGAAAAUCCUCUUUGCUAAGUAAAAUUUCUCAUGCAAAACCUGCAGUUGCAGAUUAUGCCUUUACAACAUUACAGCCUGAACUUGGAAAGAUCAUGUAUAAAGAUUUCAAACAGAUAUUGGUAGCUGAUCUUCCUGGUUUAAUAGAAGGAGCACAUGUGAACAAAGGAAUGGGCCACAAAUUCCUCAAGCAUGUAGAAAGAACUAAACAACUGCUUUUUGUUGUUGAUGUUUCUGGAUUUCAACUUUCUUCUCGAACUCCAUACAGAACUGCCUUUGAAACUGUAUUACUGCUUACAAAAGAAUUGGAGUUGUAUGAUGAGGAAGUUCGAGCAAAACCUGCACUCCUGGCGGUAAAUAAAAUGGACUUGCCAGAUGCCCAAAAUAAAUUCCAUGAACUGAUGAACCAACUCCAGAAUCCUAAAGAUUUUCUGCAUUUAUUUCAAAGUAAGAUGAUUCCAGAGAGGACAAUGGAGUUCGAACAUAUCAUCCCCAUCUCUGCAAUUACGGGAGAAGGAAUUGAUGAAUUAAAGAACUGUAUAAGGAAAUCUCUGGAUGAACAUGCAGACCGGGAAAAUGAUGCAUAUCAUAAGAAACAGUUGCUUAAUUUACAGAUUUCUAAUACAGUAUCUCAUAGUGAGCCACUCUCAAGGAAUGCUGUUACUAGUUCCAGAAUGGAUACAAUUUAAAUCCAUUAAAAAUGAACAUGAAAUUGUGUUCGUUUGAAAACUUUUCCACAGAGUAUUAUGUAUCCCACAUUUAUUGUGAACCUUCUGAUAUAUGCGCCAUCAUUUGGGAACCAUAUCUUUUUAAGUUGUUUAUAGUUAAGUGUAUUAAUAGUUUAAAAAAAAAGUGAAAGCUGAAAAUGACAGUUUAUAGUUUUAUGGCCAAUUUACCUAAAAUAAAAUCCUCUGAUAUUUCUGUACUUACAAUGUCUCAAGUGAGAUAAUUUUUAAAAAAUAUAUGAAAGGAUUUCUCAAAUAUUAUUAAAGUGAGCAACCAGG